AUGGUGCAACUCAACCAUGAUGUUGUCUCUUACAUCAUUGAAAACCUCAAUACCUCUGAUCUUGCUGCCAUGGCUUUAGUCCACUCCACGAUGUGUUCUAUUACCACCCCUCUCAUUUUCUCAAUCAUCAACCUUGGGAUCCGGAACCCGACUCCCCAAGCACUCGAAAAACGGGUCCAGUUUCUUCUCACUCCCCAUCCUCGUCUCAAGGAGGUCCCAGCGGCCUCUAUCAAGAUUCUUCAUACUUCCAGGAACUCGUCAAAGUUGGCCACAGCUGGGCUGUUGCAACUGCUCCGUGAAUGCUCCCAACUUCAUGAGCUCCACAUCCUGGACCUCUUUCAGUACGCCCCGGUGUUCCCCCAGAUUCUCACUUCGAUACAUGCCCCUUCCCUUUUAACCAUGCUCGCUCUGUCAUCUGUCACACCUGAUGCAUUGCACACAUUCAAGCCUUUCCUGCCCCGCUUCUCCGCCCUUAUCUUUUUAUCUAUCACGUUCAAAAAGAAGAGCAUCCCCAACGAUAUAUCAUUGCAGAGUUUCAAGUACAUACAUUGCUUCAUAGGAACUCUUGCCGACCUUCCUAGGCUCUCCCGUUUGGAGCUCACUGGAGACGUUCACACCUCUGACGAGGGCGACCUGGAGAUCGAUGAGGAUGAAAUCGCUGCUCUUCCUUCCCUCCGGUCUCUCUCAUUUGUCCAUCACCUCACUCUCAACGAAUGGCUCUUCCCAUUCCUUCCACCCUGUCCUAAUCUCAUCCACCUCUCUGCUCAUUGCCAAAAUAACACACAAGUCCUGGCGGUUCAUCCUUGGCCCCAUCUCCAGAAGUUCACAUACAGCUGCGAUAAGGAUGCGGAGGGAGUCAUUGCAGAUUUCUAUAAUUCCUCCGGUAUUACCACCAUCCACCACAUCCAGUUCGAGGGCUACCAUUACUUCCCCACUCAGGAGAAUUAUCAAGGGAAUUUGCCUCCUUACCACCUACUCAACUUUGAACACACCCCCUCUUUGGUGGUGGUUUCCUUCUCCAAAAUGAUCUGGGCCCAAGACAUUGACGGUCCAACUGACUGUUACCUGGAAAGGGCGGAGCAGCGUCGAAUCCGGUCUCUGGAGAUACACAACCUUCAGCCUGAGAAGGUAGCCACAAUGCUGGCCAGCACUGAUAGUUUUGCAAAUCUCUUGGUCACUGUGCCCAAAAACCUCUCCAAUAUUUCUCUUCUCUAUCUCCGCAGGAUCCCCACGCUCCGGGUCAUCAACGUGAAGUUCCUCAAUCAGUUUCCUGAAGAUGGGCUUCGUUGGAAUAGGUGGUGGUGGGUUCAGCGCAACAAUGAGAUUGUCAAGUUGGUCGAUAUCUGGCGAGAGGACGGAUUGGAGGUCGCUGAGAUGAUCAAGAGUCAGGACUUUGGCGAAGAACGUUUGAACGGAUUCCUGACUCCCAGCCGUACUUACAUCAGCUGA